UCACCUCAUGCAUGGGGUCUCCGGGGAUCUAGUGGGCUUUCUGCAAUGGGGGGAAGGAGUGGACUACUCCCGCCCCUGGUUUGCCUCUUAAAAGUUGAUGCCUUUGUCGGAGAAAGCAAUUUCAGUCCACUCUCCUUUUCAGUGCCUAUUCGCUGCUUAAACUAAAAGGGCGUAAAUGCACCUCUGCUGUGUUUCUUACGCCUCGGGCCGGCAGGGUAACGGGUUCUAGUCACAGCUUGUAGAGUUCAGGAUGGGUGACAUUCAGUUCCUGUUGUUUUUGAGUCAAGGUUUCGGCUAUAUCUUCUUGAAUUAUGAAGCUGUCAUCAUAAAGAAUUCCUGAUUAUCUAAAGCUGUUACUUCUUCCAUUCUUCCAAGGCAGAAUUUGAAUAUGUUUUGGUGGAUGAAACGAAAACAAGGAGAGUUGUGACUAUGAGAUACUAGCUGGUUGAUGUGUCAUGAAAAUCUUAGUGGUCCCUUUGUGGGAAGAGAAAAACCAAGAUUUCACUUUCAAGAUGGAGAGCCCGUCAGACUCAGCUGUGGUUUUACCUAGCACUCCUCAGGCCUCUGCGAGUCCAUCAUCUCCCUAUACAGAUAGUUCACGAAAACAACCUAUGAGUGCAACACUUAGAGAAAGAUUAAGGAAAACAAGAUCUUCAUUUAAUUCCUGUUACAAUGUGGUGAAACGUCUUAAAGUAGACAGUGAAGAAAAUGAUCAGACCUUUUCAGACAAACCAGCAUCUUCCACAGAGGAAAACUGUUUGGAAUUUCAAGAAAGUUUUAAACACAUAGAUAGUGAAUUUGAAGAAAAUACAAAUUUGAAAAAUACUUUGAAGGAUUUCAGUGUCUGUGAAUCUCAGUCACUUGAUUCUGGAUCAUGCAGUGGUCUCCAAAAUGAGUUUGUGAAUGAGAAUCUUCCUAAACAAAGAUUAAACGUUGAAAAAGCCAAAUUGGUGAAGCAGGUUCAGGAGAAAGAAGACCUUCUUCGGAGGCUAAAACUAGUCAAAAUGUAUAGAUCAAAGAAUGAUCUGUCUCAGUUACAGUUGUUAAUAAAGAAGUGGAGAAGCUGUAGCCAGCUGUUGCUUUAUGAGUUGCAGUCAGCUGUGUCUGAAGAGAACAAGAAACUGAGCCUUACUCAAUUGAUAGACCACUAUGGGUUAGAUGAUAAAUUGCUGCACUAUAACAGAAGUGAAGAAGAAUUUAUAGAUGUUUAAUUCCUGAUUUUUGCUCCAGAAUAUCUUUGAGAAUGACAACUUAAUUAAAAGAUACUUAGGCACUUUUUUUUUUUUGGAAACUGAGUCUCGCUCUUGUCACCCAGGCUGGAGUGCGAUGGCGUGAUCUCAACUCACUGCAACCUCCACCUCCCGGGUUCCAGCAGUUCUCCUGCCUCAGCCUCCUGAGUAGCUGAGAUUACAGGCACCUGCCACCAUGCCCGGCUAAUUUUUGCAUUUUUAGUAGAGACUGGGUUUUACCAUGUUGGCCAGGCUGGUCUUGAACUCCUGGCCUCAGGUGAUCCACCCACCUAGGCUUCCCAAAACCAUUAGGGCUCAGAGGAAUGUAUCCCGAUGAACAUCAAUUAAGGGCACUCUAAUAUAUAAAUUAUAAACUAACUUCUAAAAGGCAAAUUAGUAUUUUGGAUAGACUUGCCAAAGAAAACUUGACAUUUAAAUCACGUUUAAAAAGUCAUUUGGGCAGUUUUGGAAACUAGUUUUAAUACAUUUGUUUUUUGUGGCAAAAAGUUUUAUUUUAAAUGUUAAAAAUUGUCCAAUCUGGUGAAUGUCUAAACCUAAAGUUUAAAAAUUUCUGCCUCCUAAGUUUAUGCACCUUGUUUCCAUCCAUUUACCACAUAUUUCCAUCUGAUAAUCUAGCAGGUAAUUAAACUUAUAUGUCCGAAACUAUA